UAGCAACACCCAAUUAAAACCACAUACAUAUUCAUUUAGAUAAGUCGGUACAGAUUUCGAAAUGAAUGGUGUACUUGGAAAUUUUGCAAGGUUAAGCCAUUUUAACUACGAUCAAAACGGAAAGGACUGGAAUGUUAACACUGGCAGACAACAAUCGCCCGUUGCUCUAACUACAGCCAAAGCGGUCAAGUCAACGGCGUCAGAGUUAAUCUUCAUUAACUACAACAAGGCCUUGUCCCGUCCCCUAAAACUGACCAACAAUGGGCAUACCCUGAAGAUGUCAAUACCCUGCGCAGAAGACUGUAGUCAACCAGCGGUUUGCGGAUGUAAGCUCAAAAGUAUCUACAAGGCUGUGCAGCUUCAUUUUCAUUGGGGUUCGCCAGAGAAGAAGGGAUCUGAACAUUCGAUAAACUGCACGCGAUAUGAUGCUGAACUGCAUAUUAUUCAUCAAAAUAUAGCAUACGCUCUCAAGGAGAAUGCCCUGUGCUCCUGGGAUGGGUUUGUUGUACUGGCAAUAAUGGUCAAUAUUGUUGAGUGUCCCACAUUAAAACCACGGGUCCUGAACGAAGUCUUUAAUAAAUCGAGAUUUGUCAGGAAUUUCAAUAAAACUUCAACAAUUGAAGGAACAUUUUCAUUAAGUGAUAUUUUAGCUGGAGUAAAAUGCACCGAAUUUUUUACCUACAAAGGUUUGCAAGUCAAAUCGAGUUCCCAAAUGGAUGCCGUAAUUGCACUUUACAUUUUAGGAUCACUGACAGCACCACCAUGCGCAGAGGUCGUCAACUGGUAUGUGUUCCCAAAGCCUGUAGAAGUAUUAAAAACAAAUCUACAAAACCUGUGGUUGUUGGCAGACGACCGUGGCAAGCCUUUGAGAAACAAUUAUCGUCUUUUGCAAAGCCUCAACAAUCGUACAGUAUAUUAUAGAACCGAAAAUGCUACUUAACAGUAGACAGACAAUAUUCAAAUGCUUCUGUUAGCGCUUACAGCCAGUUGCAUCGAUAGUUAUCGACUUAUUUAAUUGCAUCGCAACCUCAUUAAACACAUUGUGUUAUCGAUAAUAAUAGUUCCUGCACUGUAGACAUAAGGACUCGAUUAUUGCAACAGUAUAUUUUACGAAAGCUCGAAACCUAAAAUCCAAUUU